AUGAUGGCAGGGAAAAAGGGGAGGGGGGAGAACCACCGUCCCGGAAGGUACGCUUGCGAAAAGACUCAUUUUCCAUUCCCAUCCCAUCCAAUUGCGAUCAUUCCAACUACAGAGAUUUUCCUAGCUACACUUUCGGGCCACCCAUCUCAUACCUCUGGAAUAGACUCUUCUCCCUCGUUGCAUCUCAGACCCCAUGCGGACUUGAUUCUGCUCAUACUCCUCCUUUCCGGCUUGCGACGGAACAACAAUCAUGUCAGCACGGAGGAGGGACAGUACUAUCAGGACUUUACUCACGUCACAUUGUUCUUAUUGUCCAGGGGUCAAUUAUCGACCUAUGAGCGGGACCGGCUGUACCUUGAGGGAUUCGAAGCGUCCCCCUUACAUGCUAUCAAGAAUCGACUGGCGAUUAAGGUUCCCGAUCAGAACCCGGACAAUCUGUAUGCAAUAUCGAAAGUCCAUUCCGCAGCACAGCACAUUCUCAGUGGGAGUGGGAGUGCAUCGAGCGCUGUGGCUGUGUCGAAGCUGAGCACAGGGAUGGUGAAGUUGGAGGGGAAUGAGACGGAUGCGAUGCAGUUUCUAGCGAACAUGUUGCAGCAAGCAAUGCGAACAUCGGGAGGGGGACAGGCACUGGUAACACAGGCCAACAUUCAGGUGGCAGUCACACAAAACCCUCUUCCACAAGCUCUGCAUGCCUGUAACUUCUGUCUAGCCAUUGACCAUUUCAUGCGAAACUGUCCAUGCAUCGAGGACUACAUCAGGGUGCGGAAAAUUAAUCGUGAUGCGCUUAGUAGGAUCAUUCUCCCGAAUGGGCAGUUCGUUCCUCGUGACCUACCAGGACGUAGCAUGGCAGAAUGCGUUGAUGUGUGGCAUGAUAUGUCUCCGAGGAACCUUUUCGGUGAUGGUCCGGGGCCGUCUGCAGCGCCUCCGCCCAACGUUUCCAGGGAUGGACAUGACCAGCCUCCGCAUAUGGUCAGCCUAUGGGAGAUCAUGAAGGAGGCACUUAACCCCAAGGAACCAUCAUUGGUGUACAUUGAGGAAUGUCUUGAUGACUCCGCAAUGUCAGUGUUAGAAGCCAAUGUGGCUCUGAAGAAAAAGACAGUUCAGUUUGAUGACAGCACCGCGGGGAAGUCUGCAAAGUGUCCUCCUGGUGUUCCGGCCUCCCAGGUCCCCGCGUCGAUUCUCAAGCCGGCAUCAGAUCCAUCUGCGGCGCCCAGAGGAGGCGCAAAGGCAUCUCUACCAUCUGCAGGAAACCGCACUAUGCAAUACAGCUAUAAGACGCCCGUGGAAGACAAGGUGAAUGUGCAGGAUAUAUUCGAGCGCAUCCAAAAUGAAGUCCGCAUCUCGCUUACACAUCGGGAACUGAUGGCAUUGUGCCCAGAGAUCUGCAAGCUUGAGAAGGAGGAGAUUACUGUGAAGCGAGUAGCGAUGAUGGGAAGCUUCAAGGCUGCGGAUGGCGAGGAGGUUGCGAAGGCUCUCUUAGUGGAUGUGAGCGACGGCGGUGGACCACUCGUGAUGCUCGGACACCUCACUAACAUUCAAUUUGGAUUCAGCGAGAUGGAGCUGUAUCUUCAGGCCCAUGUUCUAAAUGAUGCCCCAUUCGAGGUACUCUUGGGCCGGCUGUUCUUUACCUUGACGGCAUGCAAAACACUCGACUUUACCAAUGGACACAUCGGGAAGCGGUCCCUUGUGGAUGGUAGAGUUCCCCAUAUUCCAGAAUCAGCGUCUUCGGUUUCCUCUCUCUCUUCCUCUAUGGCUGCAUUCUCCUCUCUCUCUUCCUCUAUGAAUUUGUUUCCCUCUCUCUCGUCCUUUGCGGCUUCGGUUUCCUCCCUCUCUUCCUCUGAAGAAUUAUUUCCUCGGAUCGUUUCAUUGCAAAUUGAAGAGCCCCACGUUCUUUAUACCCUUUCCUCAUCUUUUUGCAGUAUCGGAGCAGCCAGUGGUGUGACCACACCUGCAGUGGCCCCUGGCGCAUUCCAGAUAGAGCACGAGGCCGUAGUCCACGGUUAUGAAUAUGAAAAGGUUGAUAAUGAUGGGUUUCUCUGGGAGGAGGAGGUGAAGCUGUUCGAUCACAUCCUCUAUCUCCAUGAGCAAGCAUUCGCCUGGGAUGAGUCCGAAAAAGGGAAAUUUAGCGAUGAAUAUUUCAAACCGAUCCGAAUUCCCUAUCAGCAGCAUGUCCCUUGGGCAUUGCGCAACAUUCCUCUUCUGCCGGGAAUCCGCGAGCAAGUUAUUCAAGUCAUUCGCGAUAAAAUCGCAUCAGGUGUAUAUGAGCCAUCGAACUCAUCCUACCGAUCACACUGGUUCUGCAUCCUGAAGAAGGAUGGGAAGUCACUACGUUUGGUACAUGAUCUCCAGCCACUAAGUGCCAUUGUGAUUCGAGAUUCGGCAGCACCACCGCAGAUUGAGGAUAUAGCGGAGGCGUUUGGUGGAUGCUUUUGCUAUGCGAGCUUCGACCUGUUCAUUGCAUUCGACCAAAGGACUCUUCACCCGGACUCUCAUGACCUGACGACCUUCCAGAGCCUGCUCGGAGCACUCCGCCUGACCACCAUUCCGAUGGGGUAUACCAACUCAGUCCAGAUCAUGCAUGGCGAUGUGACCUUCAUUUUACAAGAUGAGAUACCACAUGUUACGAUUCCCUACAUCGACAACGUCCCUGUAAAGAAUGGGACAACAUGA